UGGUAAUUUUCUAUCCUAUCAGGCCUCCGUACUUGCAUGUGGACUGGUCGGUCUGAAAGCGGUGUUGUGUGUUGACCGAUUCUGAAUACUACGAAGUGAAACUCUUCGCUUUCAUGUUCUCUCAGCAAGAUGGCAGAACAAACAACGUUGGACAGCCUGCUGGAAAUGGGAUUUGACAGAAACAGAGUGGAAAAGGCUGUGGCACACACAGGAAACCAGGGCAUAGAGCGGGCCAUGGACUGGUUGAUGGAACAUGAGGGUGACCCAGACAUUGACGAGCCCUAUGUACCUCCUGUGGGGAACGUGCUUGGAGGAAGUGACCCACAACUGCCUAGUCCAGCAGCCCAACCCACAACACAGGGAGCAGACCCUGCUACAGAUGGUGGUGACCAGAUGAUCCAUGACGGUGAUACCAAACGACCAAUGAUAGAGGAGGAGAAACGUGAGCAGAUAAAGAGGCUAGAGGAGCUGAUGCGGGUGAAGCAGGAGGAGCGGCGAGAGAGGGAGCGAGCGGAGGAGGUGGACAGGGAGAAGCAGAGGAGGAGGCAGGGCCAGGAGCUGCUGCAGGUCAAACAGAAACUGCAGGAGGAUGAGAUGAAGAAAAUGGUGGACCUGCGCCGGAGAGAGAAGGACGGUGACAGAAUGGCCAAGCAGCGGGUGCGAGACAAGAUAGCACGAGACAGAGAGGAGAGAGCACUUAAGUUUGGAGGCGGUUCUUCUAGUACAGCUCUAACCUCCCUUUCAGCAGAGGGCCCUCCCUCCUCUCCGCCCAGUCAGGGCCCGCCUCCCGCCAAGAAGGACUAUAACGAGUGCAGAAUCCAGGUGCGUAUGCUGGACGGCUCGGCGCUGACCUCCGUGUUCAAGGCCCAGGAGCCGCUGGCUGCCGUGCGUGUCUACAUCCAGAUGAAUGGCGACGCCCCCGAGGGCCAGGACUUCACGCUGCUGUCCCCGUACCCCCGCCGCGUCUACACAGAGCUGGACAUGGAGAAACCCCUACAGGAGCUGGGUUUGGUGCCUUCAGCUGUGCUGGUCAUUGCCAAGAAAUAAGGACCUGAAGUAAAACUAUGCUUUAUGAGCCAACACAUCAUUUAUCACCCCAACAGGACAGAGAUGAGGAUGUCAACUAUGGAUUGGAUCUCCUUCAACAAACACUUUGAACUUUAAUCUGAAUCUUCUGUAGCAACACAAAAUGGAUUACUUUAUUGGUUCUCAUGGGUCCUAAAGUUAGACCUGGCUCAUGUUGACACUGACACUUUCCACUGCUUUGCAAGUUGUAGUUUUUCAAAGCUAAAUCAUUUUACAGUGGUGUUAUUGCAUACUCACUCAAACUUGAAUAAAACUUACUUGGAGAGUAA